CACUAAUAUAACAUAAUGUAAGAAGAGCCCCAGUGGAUUUGUAAAUUAUGGGAUCACGGUGGACACUGCAAGCCACAACCAUGGAUGGAAAUUUUGGUGCUGUUCAGAUUCAGCCAGACCAGAUGCAGACUGUGAACCCAAUACUCAUUGUUAUAAUGGUCCCAAUUGUGGAUGCUGUGGUUUACCCUCUGAUUCAGAAAUGUCGCAUAAAUUUCACGCCUCUGAGGAAGAUGACAGUGGGUAUGUUGCUGGCAGCUCUGGCUUUUGGGGCUGCUGCUUUGGUGCAAGUACAAAUAGAUAAAACUCUUCCAGUCUUUCCUAAUGAAGGCGAGUCUCAAAUCAAAAUAGUGAAUCUUGGAAAUGAUAAUGCAACGGUUUAUUUUCACGCUAAUGAGAAUACUGUUAAUUUGAGUCCUUCGACCUGGACAGAUUACAUGCAUUUUGAGACAGCAAAGCUAAAUAAUAAUAAUAUCUCUAUAACUUAUGGAAAUGGAACUCUAAACCAAGCUUAUAUUUAUGCGGGAAAAGAACGACAUACUCUUGAAAUAACAAAUAGAGCUAGAAUCCAAGCUGAACUGCUUGUGGAUGGUCUCGUAGAAAAGCCAGAUCAAGGAGUCAAUAAGAUCAGAUUCAUAAACAACUUGGAUUCACCCAUUAAUAUCACUAUGGGUAGUACUGAGUUUCCAGAUGUGCUGUAUUUCUCUGCCACAAACUAUUCAAGUUUUCCAAGGGGACAACAAGAUAUUACUGUCAAAACCAACCUUUAUGAGUGCAAAAGUCCAUCUUUGUCAUUUGGAUAUGGCAGUGCUUAUACCAUUAUAGUAGACGGGUGUGACAGCAAUGGACUACAGCUCAAAUACAUUGAAGAUAUUCAUGCCAACGCAGUCAGUAUGGCUUGGCAAAUCCCCCAGUAUUUCCUUAUUACUUGUGGUGAAGUUGUCUUUUCAGUGACAGGACUAUCAUUUUCAUACUCCCAGGCACCUGCCAACAUGAAGUCUGUGUUGCAAGCUGGUUGGCUAUUGACUGUGGCUGUUGGCAAUAUCAUUGUCCUUAUUAUAGCAGGAGCAUCAAAGCUUAGUGAGCAGUGGGUAGAAUACGUUUUGUUUGCAGGUUUGCUCGUAGCUGUUACUAUCAUUUUUGCCAUCAUGGCCUAUUUUUACACCUAUGUGGACCCAGCUGAGGUGGAGGCACAACUUGUGGAGGAGGAAAACAAGAAGAGUGAAAAGGAACGGCAAUUCUAUGAAAAUGGAUCCCUCUCACAGACUAAGAUGUGAAUACAUAUGGAAGGGUGAAUGAGAAUGUGAACAGCCAUUCGAAGAACUGUGUCUUUAGCUUGAGACCCAUAAGUGCCACUGGGCAGGGAUACAUUUAGAGCAUCAAUAAAAGGCACAUGUUCUUCUGAGGCCAAACAUCAGGAAAUUUGUUCUGUGGAGAAAAUGAAGAAACCCCAGUCCUUUCUCAGAAGAAUUUGCACUUUAAAAAAGGAAGGGGAUUUGAAUCUGUCUUCACCUGCCAUUAUGAAAAGACAUUCAAAGUAUUAUUUUUAUACUAAUCUAAUUUCAUACUGUAGGAAAAGGAAAGUCCUCCCAGAUCUAGGCAUUUGUGUCUCAUGUAAAAUACAGUACAGAAUCCUGGAGGUCUAAAGGCUUUUAACUGCUCCCAUACCAAUAAUGAAUGUGUUAUACAAAUGUACUUUUUCUGAAAACAUGCAUCUGAGCCAGCUGAAUGUUUACAACCUUGGUGUUGCACUUGAAACGUCUGCCUUCAUUUACUUCUGGAGGUCUCUGCCGAAACAAAUUUCAUGUAACAACAAUGGUAGAAAUGAACA